AUGGAACUGAUUUAUGUUGCUGGGUUGAUGAAGAUUGUUGCUCACUUUGCAACGUGCUAUGAAGUGCUGGUGAAGGAAUUCAUUGUGAACCUCUCAGAAGAAUGUGCUGAUAGAAAGUCUAAGGAAUUUAGGAAGGUCAAGAGCUGGCCUUUAAAAUGGAAGCUAUCUGCUAGUAAGCUAAGCAUGAAGUAUGCCAUGUUACAUAAGAUUGGUGCUGCAAAUUGGGUGCCUACCAAUCAUAAAUCUACCGUUGCUACUGUCCUAAGAAGAUUUAUCUAUGCCGUUGGUACAAAAGCCAAGUUUGAUUAUGGUACUUACAUAUUUGAGCAGACUAUGAAGCAUGCUGGAAGCUUCAGUGUAAAAGGUCUUAUUGCCUUCCCACCUAUCAUAUGUGGCAUUAUCUUAAAUCAGUACCCAGGAAUUUUGGUUGAAACUGACUCUGUCUGCAAAAGGGAAAAUGGUCUUUCAUUUCAUCAUAAACUGUUUCAAGGAACCCAUGAUCCUGACGUUGUCAUAACAUCAGCUGGGACAUCCAAAGGAGGCUCCACUACAGGUAAAGCUGUUGUGAUUGCAAUGCUCAGGGAAACAUGCAAGGAGUUGGAGUCCAGAAAGCUGGCUCUUGAAAAAUUGAUCAGCUCUCUUGAAAUGGAAGAAGGUGCUGAGUUUGCUGAGAAUGAAGAAGUAGGUCUUGAGGCAGAUGAUGAACAGGAGGCUGACUCAGAUGAGGUGGAAGAAGAAGAGGUCAGUCCAGAUGAAGAAGGUGAUGAAGACAGUUCUGGUGGUUCUGAAUUUGAAGACUAG